AUGCUUACCUGGUCGCUCAAGAUCUGGAUGGCGAAGGGGGCCAUAGGGGGCCCUAAAGAGGUGACGGUGACUUGGGAGAACCUGGAUGUGUCGGUCUGUGCCCCCGACUAUCUUCGUUUUGCAGGAAAGUUUGCCACGGACGAUUCCAGCGACGGAAGUUUCGACUUCGAUGCUGCCGACUUCGUCAGGAUCUUGGCAUCUCUGGACGGCGGUUCCGACACAGUCGUGUUGGAAUGGUCAAUCAGUGGAUCGGGCUCUUCUUUCAGCCGGCAGCCCAGGCUGACAGACGACACCAACACGCUUCUCACGUCAACUGCCCUGGAGGUUCAGAGAAGCAUUUCCGGAAGUGGGACGAGCGUGACUUUGAAGUUAGUGAUCAGCCUGGAUUCCGGUGACGAAGACAUUGCCGUCUCGAACCUGGUCCUCACUUGUGAUGCCGCCCCGACCUCUCCGACCACAACCUCUCCGACCACAGCCUCUCCGACCACAACAGCCUCUCCGACCAAAACCACUCCGACCACACCGUCUCCGACGAAGACCUCUACGACUACAGCCUCUUUGACUAAAGCCACUCCGACCACAGCCUCUCCGACCACAACUCCUCCCCUCACGGUCGUGCGCAGGGUCGCUGGCAUGAUGGCUUGGCCAGCUGCUCCCGCAGCGACGUGA